GAGCACACAUGAGUCAAGGAGCACGGGCAGCAGGGUCACGCCAGCGCCAUGCUUCAUAAAGGGCGCCGUUACAAUAGGUUUACUGUUACUCCGACGACUGCCGGGAUACAAUGGGACUGAAUGUACUGGCCUGAUGCUGCUCUGCUUCUCUCCAUUUUUCCCCUGAUGACAGGACAGACAGACUGAGGCGGGACAGCAUGAUAUCAGAGGACGCCCCUGAAGUAACCUCGCGGACUAAUGGGGCUUCUACUGCUGAGCCUGAUUCUUCGCCACUGGAUCGGCAGCGUGGAAGGCUCUUGUCCAGCUGGCAGCGCUGUGACCUGUGAUGAUUGCCUGCAGCUCAAUUCUCACUGUGCCUGGUGCACGCAAGAGAAUUUCACAGACUGGUUUUCAGUCGGCGAUAGAUGUGACACGCCGGAUAUCUUACUAGAAAAGGGAUGUGCCCGGGACCAGCUGGAGUUCCCUGUUUCCAAAAGUCACAUCCUGCAGGAUCGACCACUGGGAAAGAAGACGGGCAGCGUCAACAGCACCCAGAUCUCCCCGCAGAAGAUGGCGCUCCAGCUGCGACCUGGCAGUCAGUUGACUUUCCAGGUUAAAAUUCAACACACGGAGGACUAUCCUGUGGACAUCUACUACCUGAUGGACCUGUCAGCAUCCAUGAUCGACGAUCUGGCCAUGAUCAAAGACUUGGGAUCGUCUUUGUCUAAAGAGAUGGCCAAGCUCACGAGUAAAUUUAGAAUGGGCUUUGGCUCCUUUGUGGAGAAACCCGUCCUGCCCUUCAUCAAAAUAACAGAGGAAGAGCUGGCCAACCCGUGCAGCGGUGUAGCCUCAACCUGCCUGCCAACAUUUGGCUACAAACACGUUUUGUCUCUAACGAGCAACACCGACAAGUUCAACGAGAUCAUCGCGAAGCAGCGCGUGUCGGCAAACAUUGACUUGCCAGAAUGCGGCUUUGACGCCAUCAUGCAGGCGGCGGUUUGUGGGGACAAGAUCGGCUGGAGGAAGGACUCCAUGCGGUUGCUGGUGUUUGUCAGUGAUGCCGACUCGCACUUUGGGAUGGACAGCAAGAUGGCCGGCAUCGUGAUUCCCAACGACGGACAGUGUCACCUGGAUAGCAACAACGAAUACUCCAUGUCCACGGUGCAGGAGUAUCCAACUCUCGGGCAGCUGGUUGAUAAGGUGGUGGAGAACAACAUCUUGCUGAUAUUUGCUGUGACCAAAGACCAAACACGCAACUAUAAGAACUAUGCAAACAUCAUACCUGGUGCCACAGUGGGAGUCCUGGCGGCAGAUUCGCGGAACAUCCUGGAGCUGAUUGUAGCGGCAUACAAAGAGCUGCGUUCAGAGAUCGAACUGGAGGUCCUUGGAGACACAGAGGGGCUCCAGAUGUCUUUUACAGCCAUUUGCCCAAAUGGGGCUGUCCUCCCUGAUCAAAAACGCUGCUCCAACAUAAAAACCGGAGAGACGGUAGUGUUCAACGUGUCCGUGGAGCUCCCGGGUUGCGUGUCGGAACCUCUGCACUUCUCCCUGAAACCGGUGGGUUUGCGGGACAGCCUGGAGGUGGAACUGUCGUCUCUGUGCUCGUGUGACUGCCCGCCGCGGCCCCCCGGAGCCAACGGCAGCCGGUGCGCCGAAGGCCAGGGGGCUUUCCAGUGUGGCGUGUGCGUGUGCCGGCCGGGGUUCCUGGGAGCGGAGUGCGAAUGCAACGAGGAAAGCGCUUUGUCGAGCAACUGCGUCGCCAACAACGAGACGGAGACGUGCAGUGGACAGGGGGACUGCUUCUGCGGACAGUGCGCGUGUCACCCGUCCAGCUUUGGACGCGUCUACGGACCUCACUGCGAGUGCGACGACUACUCCUGCGUUCGCUUCCGCGGGGAGCUCUGCGGAGGCCACGGGGUUUGUGACUGCGGGGAGUGUCACUGCACCAGAGGCUGGACGGGCGAGUAUUGUAACUGCAGCAGCGGCGCGGAGGCCUGCGCGUCAGAGGACGGCGCGCUGUGCAGCGGGCGCGGGAGGUGCGAGUGCGGCCGCUGCGUCUGCUCCGUGCCCGGGGCGUCCGGGGACAGGUGCGAGAAGUGCCCGACGUGCGGAGACUCCUGCAGCGCUGCGAGGACUUGUGUAGAGUGCCACCUGCAGGAUGAGGACGAUGUCGAGUUGUGUGAUCAGAAGUGCAGCGUCCCAAACAUUUCCGUCAACGCAACAGCAGACCACGACAAGAGCCCUUCUAUGCAAUGCACGCUGAUGAUGGAGAAUGAGUGCUGGAUCUCGUUCAACGUGGUCGAAGGGGAGACGGGGACCACCGCCUACGAUCUCCAGAUGUUAGGUUGCCCCGAACCUCCAAACAUCCCCAUGAUCAUUCUGGGCGUCUCGCUUUCCAUCGUGAGCAUCGGUGUUAUCCUGCUGGCCGUGUGGAAGAUGCUGGUGUCGGUCCACGACCGUAAAGAGGUGGCCAAGUUUGAGGCGGAGAGGUCAAAGGCAAAGUGGCAGACGGGAACAAACCCUCUGUUCAAAAGCUCCACGUCUACAUUCAAAAAUGUAACUUAUAAGAGCAGAGAGAGGGAAAGGAUUAUCACACAGGAUAACUUCUGAUGACAACUGGAGGCAAAUCAACAUCUCAAUGCACUUAUGUUUGUGUUUGUGUGCGUGUGUGUGUGUGUGUGUGUGUGACAGAGAGAGAAAAUACUUUUUUGUACAAAUCUCUGUUGAUUCAGAGAUGUUCUAACAUAGUGGACAACACUGUGAACAGACAAAUACUACACUACUGCUGCUGUAAAAGUGCACUAUCGAUGUACUGUUAAAAAUGCACUUCCCUGAUACAUGGUCCUCCAAACUCUAGAUGUUUGGAUACUUUGGAAACAUGCAGCAUGGAAAGAAGAGUCUACACAGCAAUUCAAUUUGAACUCUGAGCUGGUGUUUAUAUUGUCCCAAUCUUGUCAGUGUUAAAUCAACACUCAACAAAGUGUUGAAAAUUUAACUCGGAAUAAGUGUCAAAAAUAAAUCUGCUCAGUGUUAAAUACACGUUGUUAGACCCGACACCAAGAAGUGUGACACUGGAUAAUGACUCCAGCUCUUUCGUACAAUUGACUGUGUAACAGUUGAAUCAACUUUUUGCAGUGCGAUUUCAACUCUGCACUUACACCGGACAAUUAACUCUUUAAGAAUUUUGCUGUGUACACGUGAUCUACUACUGAAAAUAAUCUUCUAAUGAAUGUAAAUAUACAGGUGGAUUAUAAUGUUUUUUCUUAAUGCUGUUUUUUCUAAUGGAGAGGCUGAGCCUUUGGUGUUGGUAAUUUAGUUUGUUAGUGGCAUGGCACAUAAAUAGAAGUAAAUAAUAAAUUGUUGUGAAAUGACACUUGUACAACAUGGAGACUGACAGAUAUUUAAUUAGUUGUCACACCAAGAAACUAUUGACAUUCUAGUUUGUUUACAGUGGGGCAGUUUUAUAGUUGUUUGGGGUUAUUUUAUUUUUCAUAUAAGGUACUUUUAUCAGCUGGGUCCUGCCUGUUUACACUCUAUGGUGUUCCUGUAGGAGGGAUUUGUGUUUGUGCGAUCAAUGUGCAUUUUCCUCAAUAAAGUUGUGCUUCAUCCGAAAGAAUAAUGCAUGAUAAUAAUAAUAAUAAUAAUAAUAAUAAUGGUAAACUGUAACACCCACUGAUUCUGGAGCUUGAUACACAGGAGGAGGUCUCCUUAUAGACUUCAUGAUCCAACCUCAUGAAUUAAAUCGCUGUAUUGUAAAAGUCCUUCAUUGGUAAAAGGGUACUUGAGAUGUAGCAACAUGUGAACUGUUUAUAAAAUUCUUACUGUUUUUUGAUA